AUAUUUAUGAUGAACGAUCGCGUUCCCGACUGAUCUCUUGCAGAACGCCGGUCGAGCAUCAUCCACGUAAGUUAGACUUUGUGAAAUUGAGAAAUUUAAUCAUUGUUUCUUUUUUAUAGGAUUCGCUUGGAUAAGUCAAUGAUCAUAUACUAAUCCGUUUUCUUUCUCAAGAGGUUUUGUUAAAUAUAUAUGAUGAACGAUCGCGUUCCCGACUGAUCUCUUGCAGAACGCCGGUCGAGCAUCAUCCACAUUCGUGAUGGCUCAGUGUGAUCCGUGCUGUAAGAGGUCUGACUGUGUGAAGACGGUGAGGGACUAUGACGGCGAAUACUACGCGCUGUGCUGCCGGUGCGCGAGGACACACCCGUAUUUCUGGCGGUUCUCCGGUAAACGGAGGAUCGCGUAUGAAGAUUGUGAGCACAACGCAAGACCGGGCGGGCGGAGUGUGUUUCGCUGCCGUCUCGACCCACGCCACGUUGUACAGUAUAACAACGCCAGCAGACACGAGGUCCGGUGCCCGUCGGGGAAAUCGGACAACACCCCGUCCUCGUCUCGUCCCGAGCCACUUCCCGAGUGUUGGGACGAGGGCUGUGAAGACGCCGGCCACGAUCACAGCCGGCGAUAGACAGCUCCCGUAUAUGACCAGGGUAGUUUAAUUUCUCGACUUACUACUAAGAAUUUUUGUAUUUUAGAUUUAGUUUGUAUUACAAAAUAAACGUAUUAUUUUUCCAACUACAACCACGAUAAAAGUCUGUAUCCAUCGACGACUCGAUGGAAAGACGGUGUAACAAGUUUUAAUUACAGUGACCAUAAAUGUACUCCUUUUUGGCACGUUUGUCAGAUAUGGGACCACGAGGUAAACCCAGCUAGCCGUCGGCUACCAAUACCAACUUCUUGUCCAGUAGAAUGAGCAUCAUGAGAAUCUCCCGGGAAGGGGCCGACGCGAAGCUGGUGUGGUAUGAGUAAUUAAUACCUCCGAACCCCACCCCAGACUCGGCCUAAAAAAGAUAGCCGAGAACUGUGAAGACGCCGGCCACGAUCACAGCCGGCGACAGACAGCUCCCGUAAUUGGGAGGUCUGCGUUUCUACUAAGCAUAUUUGUAGUGUUGGCUUUGAUUUUUCAAUAAAUAAUGUUUUGACGAUAUUAAGUAAUUGACAUAUAUAAUUUCUGUAUUCCCUUUACAGUUUCAAUGAAUCAGUGUGAUCCGUGUUUGAAGAUCUGCGACUGUGUGGAGACAGCGAGGGACUGGGACGGAGAGUUCUACGCGCUGUGCUGCAAGUGUGCGAGAACACACCCGUAUUUCUGGCGAUUCUCCGGCAAACGGAGGCUCAGGUAUGACGAAUGCGAGCACAACGCAAGACCGGACGGGCGGAGUGUGUUUCUCUGCCGUCACGACUCACGCCACGUCACGUCGUACAGUAUAAUAACGCCAGUAGACACGAGGUCCGGUGCCCGUCAAAGAAAUCGGACAACACUCCGUCCUCGACUCGUCCCGAGCCACUUCCUGAGUGUCGGGGCGAGGACUGUGGAGACUUCGACCACGAUCACGGCCGGCGAUAGACAGCUCACGUAAUUGGGGGUUUUACGAUUCUACUAAGCAUAUUUGUAGUGUUGGCUUUGAUUUUUCAAUAAAUAAUGUUUUGACGAUAUAAAUAUGUUCGUUUUCAACUAGAAUGGACACUGGUUUAAUUAAAAAAAAAACCGGGUCUGCUCUAGUUGGAAACGAACAAUCCUCCCAUCCUCGCCCCGUCCCGUGCAUCACCACAAGUCAUUUACUUCCUAAGACGUUUGAAACGACUAGAAAGCCACGAAUAUGAUUCGGGUUUGUGUAAGUUUUGUGAUAAAACCAUAUUUCAUUUAUAUAACACGCGAGUAUCAUAAUUAAAUUCGUACUAAACUCUUUAACUGUACAAUUAGGUUUUUUUUUGUUGGGAACCGAGGCUGUAAUUUCAAGUUAAGUUUAACAACGUCUUUGAAAUUCCACAGUAUUGCAUCGAAAUAUAUUAGUUUGUAUACCUUUGACUGUACAGUAUUUUGUCAAUAUGUGACUGAGCAAUUGAAGUUCAGGUUGACUGACUGCUCACGUUUGUUGCAGACAGUUGUAUUUCACAUGGUUGUUAGUGUUCAGUUUUCUUCACGGUUUUAGGUAGAACAGUGUAACGUAGGGCAAAUAGGUGUUUGAAAUGGUGUGGGUUGGUCGGUGACGACGAUUUGACCACAAACGCCAAAACAUUUUGUAGUGGUGUAAAUACUGUUUUAAACCCCUCAAUACUACAAUUUAGGCUAUAGACAGUUUUAAUUAUAAUGUAAUAAUUAAUUUUGGCCCAAUUUUUAUUUUAAGUACUGUGAAUAUCGGAGGUCUUAUUACAUCGACUCAGCCAAAAAUAGUAAAAAAGAAAAAUGAUUUUACAAAAAUGGAUGUUACUCUACUUAUAAAUAAGUUAGGCUUACAACUCUUUUGUUUCGUUAAAAUAACGAUUUAAUUAAAUACUUUAAAGAUUAAAAAUUAGGCACCAGGAGGAGAUCGAGAUCUUGAACGAGUAGAAAAAUGAAUGGUUCUUCGGAAGCCUCCAUUUCAACAAAACCAAUGUGUAUAUACAUUUCCAUGUUGAAGGGUUUGUAAAUAAACACACACACAAUUAAAAAUAUAAUUGAUCU